AUGAGCAGUGAUGAGGAGUUGGGCACCGGCAAUGAUGUGGAUGCAGAAGGAAGCCGCCUGAUGAAGCGACAUUUAGACGAUGCUACAGAAUAUGAGGGUGAAGAAGACGAGCAAAAGGCCGUCCUACCAAACCAAAAAGAUGAAUUUGUAGAAGUACUGGAUGAUAGUGAAAUAGAUGAAAGUAAUGAAACAGGCGAACAGAAUGAUAAUGCAAACGAAUCAAAAUAUGCGGCUGAACGUGUAGAAACUGCGGAAAAAACACGCAUUCAGGCAGUUAUUGGAAUAUCGCCGUUGGUAAAAGACUAUAAAUUCGAUGUAAAAAGUAAUCGAUGGUGUAUUAUCACUUUUCAGUUACCGCUAAGCACAAAAACUCGGCUUGAUGUUGGAGCACUUGUGGAAAGAGAACUGGAAAAUUUCCUGAUCUGGGAAACACCAGGAAUUGAAAAAUGCAUUGCCUUAAUGAAACAUUCGGAUGUGCUUGAUGUGAACACGUUAUAUUCCAACGAUCUGAACAUGAUAUGCGCUAAUUAUGGUAUCGAAGCAUGUGGUCAAGCUUUAGUUAAAGUAAGUCAGCACUGA